AUGUCUAAAGCUGUUGGAAUUGAUUUAGGGACUACCUAUUCCUGUGUAGCCCACUUUACAAAUGAUAGAGUUGAAAUUAUCGCCAAUGACCAAGGUAAUAGAACUACUCCCUCUUUUGUUGCUUUUACCGAUACUGAAAGAUUAAUUGGUGACGCAGCCAAGAAUCAAGCAGCCAUGAAUCCCGCAAAUACCGUUUUCGAUGCUAAGCGUUUAAUUGGGAGAAAGUUUGACGAUCCUGAAGUUCAGACUGAUAAGAAACACUUCCCAUUUAAGAUUAUUAACAAAGGUGGCAAGCCUGCAAUUGAAGUUGAAUUCAAGGGAGAAACCAAGGUUUUCACUCCAGAAGAAAUUUCUUCUAUGGUUUUGACCAAGAUGAAGGAAACCGCUGAAAGUUAUCUUGGAGAAAAGAUUUCCGAUGCUGUUGUCACUGUUCCUGCUUAUUUCAAUGAUUCCCAAAGACAAGCUACCAAAGAUGCUGGUUUAAUCGCUGGUUUGAAUGUGUUGAGAAUUAUUAACGAACCAACUGCAGCAGCAAUUGCUUAUGGUUUGGAUAAGAAGGGUUCUAAGGAAGAACAUAAUGUCUUGAUUUUCGAUUUGGGUGGUGGUACUUUUGAUGUUUCGUUAUUGGCUAUUGAUGAAGGUAUUUUUGAAGUCAAGGCUACUGCCGGUGAUACUCACUUGGGUGGUGAAGAUUUCGAUAAUAGAUUGGUUAACUUCUUUGCCCAAGAAUUCAAGCGUAAGAACAAGAAGGACUUGACGGGAAACCAAAGAGCUUUGAGAAGAUUAAGAACCGCUUGUGAACGUGCCAAGAGAACUUUGUCAUCUUCUGCACAAACUUCCAUUGAAAUUGAUUCGUUGUAUGAAGGUAUUGAUUUCUACACUUCAAUUACCAGAGCUAGAUUCGAAGAAUUGAACGCUGAUUUAUUUAGAUCUACUUUGGAUCCAGUUGAAAAGGUGCUUAAAGAUGCCAAGAUUGACAAGUCUCAAGUUGGUGAACUUGUUCUUGUUGGUGGUUCAACCAGAAUUCCAAAGAUUCAAAAGUUGGUUUCUGAUUUCUUCAAUGGUAAGGAAUUGAACAAGUCCAUUAAUCCAGAUGAAGCUGUUGCUUAUGGUGCUGCUGUCCAAGCCGCUAUCUUAACUGGUGAUACUUCUUCCAAGACUCAAGAUUUGUUAUUAUUGGAUGUUGCACCAUUAUCCUUGGGUAUUGAAACUGCCGGUGGUAUCAUGACCAAGUUGAUCCCAAGAAAUGCCACUAUCCCUACCAAGAAGUCAGAAAUUUUCUCAACCUAUGCUGAUAACCAACCUGGUGUUUUGAUUCAAGUUUAUGAAGGUGAACGUGCCAAGACCAGAGACAAUAACUUGUUGGGUAAGUUCGAAUUAUCAGGUAUUCCACCUGCCCCAAGAGGUGUUCCACAAAUUGAAGUUACUUUUGAUAUUGAUGCCAAUGGUAUUUUGAAUGUUUCUGCCUUGGAAAAGGGUACUGGUAAGUCUCAAAAGAUUACCAUUACCAACGAUAAGGGUAGAUUAUCUAAGGAAGAUAUUGAAAGAAUGGUCAGUGAAGCUGAGAAGUUUAAGGAAGAUGAUGAAAAGGAAGCUGCAAGAGUCCAAGCUAAGAAUGGGUUGGAAUCUUAUGCUUACUCUUUGAAGAAUACCAUUAAUGAUGGAGAAAUGAAGGAUAAGAUUCCUGAAGCUGAUAAGGAAAAGUUGACUAAGGCAAUUGAUGACACUAUUUCUUGGUUAGAUGCUUCACAAGCGGCCUCUACUGAAGAAUAUGGUGACAAGCAUAAGGAAUUGGAGUCUGUUGCUAAUCCAAUCAUUACUGCUGCUUACUCUGCUGGUGGAGCUCCACCUCCAGGUGGUGCUGGUGGCUUCCCAGGUGCCGGAGGUGCCGGUGGAUUCCCAGGAGGGGCUCCAGGCGGUGGCGCUGAAUCCAGUGGUCCAACCGUUGAAGAGGUUGAUUAA